AUGGCGCCCAUGGUAGCUGGCAAGGAGCGCGAGUCCAAUCUUGCACGACUCUUGGGUUCUGGCUCUGCUGGUAUCUCUGAGCUGGCUGUCUUCCACCCGGUCGAUACCAUUGCGAAGCGAUUGAUGAGCAACCAGACGAAGAUUGCAAACAGAGCCCAGUUGACUACAGUCAUCUUCAAGGACAAGGCAGCGGCACCGCUUGGUCAGAAAUUCGUCUCGCUGUUCCCAGGUCUAGGAUAUGCCGCAGGAUACAAGGUCCUGCAAAGAAUAUACAAGUAUGGUGGUCAGCCGAUAGCUCGCGACUACUUAGCAGCGCACUACGGCAAGGACUUCGAGAGCGCAUUCGGAAAGAAGACAGGCAAGGCCAUCAUGCACUCAACAGCCGGAAGUCUGAUCGGUAUCGGCGAGAUCGUCCUGCUCCCCUUAGAUGUCCUGAAGAUCAAGCGUCAGACGAACCCAGAGGCCUUCCGAGGACGAGGUGUCUUGAAGAUCGUUGCCGAUGAGGGAUUCGGACUAUACAGAGGUUGGGGGUGGACAGCUGCCCGGAAUGCCCCCGGAUCAUUCGCGCUCUUUGGUGGCUCGGCCUUCACCAAGGAAUACCUGUUCAAGCUGAACGACUACAACAAGGCGACUUGGUUCCAGAACUUCAUUGCUUCGAUUGGUGGUGCCACAGCCUCUCUCAUUGUCUCUGCGCCAUUGGACGUCAUCAAGACUCGUAUCCAGAACCGCAACUUUGAGAACCCAGAGAGCGGCUUCCGCAUCCUGUCCAACAUGGCAAAGAACGAAGGAUUCUCUAGUUUCUUCAAGGGAUUGGUCCCCAAGCUUCUCAUGACUGGACCCAAGCUUGUUUUCUCCUUCUGGCUUGCCCAGACACUCAUCCCGGCAUUUGACGGCAUGUUGAAAUAG